AUGACUAGGUUAAGUUUGAACUGGACCGAAACAACCAACUAUUGCGAGUUUAGUGUCAUCGUGCAAAUAUACAUACAGACUGAUUGCCGCUUUUCCGCGAUCGUGGCAUCUUCCUUUGUCCUCACUGCUGAAACACACCAGCAACGCAGACAGGAGGCUUUAAAAACGUGUAACCGCAAGCAAAAAUCGAGUAGUUCAGCAUGGUUGACUGGAUGUGCACGUGCAGAGCGACAUUGCCACGAUAUGAUCACAUCCGCGACCUCGAGGCACGCCGCUCGCCCACAACGGGUGGCUGCUGUGGCAAUUGCGCGUGCCGAAGAAGAUUGA